ACCCCCACCCCGGGGCCGGCAGCGCCGGGGUGGCCGCGGCGUGCACCAUGAGGCAGCCGUGGGGCGCGCUGCUGCUGCUGCUUCUGCUCGGCGCCCUGCUCUGCGCACACGGUCGAGCCAGCAGCCCUGAGUGUGCUUGUGGCCGGAGUCACUUCACGUGUGCAGUGAGUGCCCUGGGCGAGUGUACCUGCAUCCCCGCCCAAUGGCAGUGUGACGGUGACAAUGACUGUGGGGACCACAGCGAUGAGGACGGAUGCAUGCUGCCCACCUGUUCCCCUCUUGACUUCCACUGUGACAACGGCAAAUGCAUUCGCCGCUCCUGGGUGUGCGACGGAGACAAUGACUGUGAGGACGACUCAGAUGAGCAGGACUGCCCCCCCCGGGAGUGUGAAGAAGACGAAUUCCCUUGCCAGAACGGCUACUGCAUCCGGAGUCUGUGGCACUGUGAUGGCGAUAAUGACUGUGGAGACAACAGUGAUGAGCAAUGCGACAUGCGCAAGUGUUCAGACAAGGAAUUCCGCUGCAGCGAUGGGAGCUGCAUCGCGGGACACUGGUACUGCGAUGGGGACACAGACUGUAAGGACGGCUCAGACGAGGAGAGCUGCCCCUCAGCAGUGCCCGCACCCCCCUGCAACCUAGAGGAAUUCCAGUGCGCCUAUGGCCGCUGCAUCCUGGAUAUCUACCACUGCGAUGGCGAUGAUGACUGCGGAGACUGGUCCGACGAAUCUGACUGCUCCUCCCACCAGCCUUGUCGUUCUGGGGAAUUCAUGUGUGACAGUGGCUUGUGCAUCAAUGCCGGCUGGCGCUGUGAUGGAGACGCAGACUGUGAUGACCAAUCGGAUGAGCGCAACUGCACCACCUCCAUGUGUACAGCCGAGCAGUUCCGCUGUCGGUCGGGUCGCUGCGUCCGCCUGUCCUGGCGCUGUGAUGGAGAGGAUGACUGUGCUGACAACAGCGAUGAAGAGAACUGUGAGAACACAGGGAGCCCUCAAUGUGCCUCCGACCAGUUCCUGUGUUGGAACGGGCGCUGCAUCGGGCAGAGGAAGCUGUGCAACGGGGUGAAUGAUUGCGGUGACAGCAGUGACGAAAGCCCAAGGCAGAACUGCCGGCCCCGGACAGGCGAGGAGAACUGUGGUGUUGACAACGGUGGCUGUGCCCAGAAGUGCCAGAUGGUGCGGGGGGUGGUACAGUGUACCUGCCACACUGGCUAUCGGCUCUCAGAGGACGGACACACUUGCCAGGAUGUGAAUGAAUGUGCCGAGGAGGGUUACUGCAGCCAAGGUUGCACCAACAGCGAAGGUGCCUUCCAGUGCUGGUGCGAAGCCGGCUACGAACUGCGGCCCGACAGGCGCAGCUGCAAGGCUCUGGGGCCAGAGCCAGUGCUACUGUUUGCCAAUCGCAUCGACAUCCGGCAGGUGCUGCCGCACCGCUCCGAGUACACGCUGCUGCUCAAUGACCUGGAGAACGCCAUCGCCCUGGACUUCCACCACCGACGGGAGCUGGUUUUCUGGUCAGAUGUCACCCUGGACCGCAUCCUCCGGGCCAACCUCAAUGGCAGCAACGUGGAGGAGGUCGUGUCCACGGGGCUGGAGAGUCCAGGGGGCCUAGCCGUGGACUGGGUCCACGACAAGCUCUAUUGGACCGACUCCGGAACAUCAAGGAUCGAAGUGGCCAACCUGGACGGGACUCACCGGAAAGUGCUGUUGUGGCAAGAUCUGGAGAAGCCCCGGGCCAUUGCCUUGCACCCCAUGGAGGGGACCAUCUACUGGACAGAUUGGGGCAACACGCCCCGCAUCGAGGCCUCCAGCAUGGAUGGCUCCAGGCGCCGCAUCAUCGCCGAUACUCAUCUCUUCUGGCCCAAUGGUCUCACCAUUGACUAUGCCGGGCACCGCAUGUACUGGGUGGAUGCCAAGCACCACGUUAUCGAGAGGGCCAAUCUGGACGGGAGUCACCGAAAGGCUGUCAUUAGCCAGGGCCUCCCGCACCCCUUUGCCAUCACAGUGUUUGAAGACAGCUUAUACUGGACAGACUGGCACACCAAGAGCAUUAAUAGUGCCAACAAAUUUACUGGCAAGAACCAGGAGAUCAUUCGUAACAAGCUCCAUUUCCCCAUGGACAUCCAUACCUUGCACCCUCAGCGCCAGCCUGCAGGGAAGAACCGCUGUGGGGACAACAAUGGAGGCUGCACACAUCUGUGCCUUCCCAGUGGCCAGAACUACACCUGUGCCUGCCCCACGGGCUUCCGCAAGAUCAGCAGUCACGCCUGUGCCCAGAGUCUUGACAAGUUCCUGCUUUUUGCCCGAAGGAUGGACAUCCGUCGGAUCAGCUUCGACACCGAGGACCUGUCCGACGACGUCAUCCCACUGGCUGACGUGCGCAGUGCUGUGGCCCUCGACUGGGACUCCCGGGACGACCAUGUGUACUGGACGGACGUCAGCACUGACACCAUCAGCAGGGCCAAAUGGGAUGGAACCAGACAGGAGGUGGUGGUGGACACCAGUUUGGAGAGCCCUGCUGGCCUAGCCAUCGAUUGGGUUACCAAUAAGCUCUACUGGACGGACGCAGGGACAGACCGGAUUGAAGUGGCCAACACAGAUGGUAGCAUGAGGACAGUGCUCAUCUGGGAGAGCCUCGAUAGGCCCCGGGACAUCGUGGUGGAGCCCAUGGGCGGGUACAUGUACUGGACUGACUGGGGUGCCAGCCCUAAGAUUGAGCGAGCUGGUAUGGAUGCCUCAGACCGCCAGGUCAUCAUCUCCUCCAAUCUGACCUGGCCCAACGGCUUAGCCAUCGACUAUGGCUCACAGCGGCUGUACUGGGCUGACGCAGGCAUGAAGACCAUUGAAUUCGCAGGGCUGGAUGGCAGCAAGAGGAAGGUGCUGAUCGGAAGCCAGCUCCCCCACCCAUUUGGGCUGACCCUGUACGGAGAACGCAUCUAUUGGACCGACUGGCAGACCAAGAGUAUUCAGAGCGCCGACAGGCUCACAGGGUUGGACCGGGAGACCCUGCAGGAGAACUUGGAGAACCUCAUGGACAUUCAUGUCUUCCACCGCCAGCGGCCCCCCGUGUCCACACCCUGCUCUACAGGGAAUGGCGGCUGCAGCCACCUGUGCCUACGCUCCCCCAAUCCAAGUGGCUUCAGCUGUACCUGCCCCACAGGCAUCAACCUGAGGCCUGAUGGCAAGACCUGCUCCCCAGGUAUGAACAGUUUCCUCAUCUUCGCCAGGAGGAUCGACAUCCGCAUGGUCUCCUUGGACAUCCCUUACUUUGCGGACGUGGUGGUGCCCAUCAACAUGACCAUGAAGAACACUAUUGCGGUUGGAGUGGACCCUCAGGAAGGCAAAGUGUACUGGUCGGAUAGCACACUGCACCGUAUCAGCCGCGCCAGUCUGGAUGGCUCCCACCAUGAGGACCUCAUCACUACAGGUCUGCAAACCACAGAUGGGCUUGCCGUGGAUGCCAUCGGCCGGAAAGUCUAUUGGACAGACACUGGGACCAACCGGAUUGAAGUGGGCAACCUGGACGGGUCCAUGCGGAAAGUGUUGGUGUGGCAGAAUCUUGACAGUCCUCGGGCCAUCGUUCUGUACCAUGAGAUGGGGUUCAUGUACUGGACAGACUGGGGGGAGCACGCCAAGCUAGAGAGAUCUGGAAUGGAUGGCUCUGAGCGGACUGUGCUCAUCAGCAACAACCUCGGAUGGCCCAAUGGACUGACCGUGGACAAGGCCGGUGCCCAGCUGCUCUGGGCUGAUGCCCAUACCGAGAGAAUUGAGGCUGCAGACCUGAAUGGAGCCAAUCGCCAUACGCUGGUAUCCCCAGUGCAGCACCCUUAUGGCCUCACUCUGCUUGGCUCCUACAUCUACUGGACAGAUUGGCAGACGCGCAGCAUCCACCGUGCCGACAAGGGUACUGGCGGCAAUGUCAUCCUGGUGCGGUCCAACCUGCCAGGCCUCAUGGACAUCCAGGCUGUGGACCGCACACAGCCUCUGGGUUUGAACAAGUGUGGCUCCAGGAAUGGCGGCUGCUCCCACCUCUGCCUGCCUCGGCCGUCCGGCUUCUCCUGUGCUUGUCCCACCGGUAUCCAGCUGAGGGGCGAUGGGAAGACCUGCCACCCCUCCCCUGAGGCCUACCUGCUCUUCUCCAGCCGUGGCUCCAUCCGGCGGAUCUCGCUGGACACCAGUGACCACACGGACGUGCACCUGCCCAUCCCCGAGCUCAACAAUGUCAUCUCCCUGGACUACGACAGUGGUGAUGGGAAGGUCUAUUACACUGAUGUGUUCCUGGACGUGAUCAGGCGAGCGGAUCUGAAUGGCAACAAUAUGGAGACAGUGAUCGGACAGGGGUUGAAGACCACCGAUGGGCUGGCGGUGGACUGGGUGGCCAGGAAUCUUUACUGGACAGACACGGGCCGGAACACCAUCGAAGCCUCGAGACUGGAUGGAUCCUGCCGCAAAGUGCUGAUUAACAACAGCUUGGAUGAGCCUCGAGCCAUUGCUGUCUUUCCCAGGAAAGGGUUUCUCUUCUGGACUGACUGGGGCCACAUCGCCAAGAUUGAGCGGGCGAACUCGGAUGGCUCUGAGCGGAAGGUCCUCAUCAACACAGACCUGGGCUGGCCCAACGGCCUUACCCUGGACUAUGACACCCGCAGGAUCUACUGGGUGGAUGCUCAUCUGGACCGGAUAGAAAGCGCUGACCUCAACGGGAAGCUCAGGCAGAUCCUGGUCAGCCACGUGUCCCAUCCCUUUGCUCUGACUCAGCAGGACCGGUGGAUCUACUGGACAGACUGGCAGACCAAGUCGAUCCAGCGUGUUGACAAAUACUCAGGGCGGAACAAGGAGACAGUGCUGGCCAACGUGGAAGGACUCAUGGAUAUCAUUGUGGUGUCCCCACAGCGACAGACAGGAACCAAUGCUUGUGGAGUGAACAAUGGUGGCUGCACCCAUCUCUGCUUUGCCAGAGCCUCGGACUUUGUGUGUGCCUGUCCAGAUGAGCCUGAUGGCCGGCCCUGCUCCCCACUAGUACCUGGCCUUCCCCCAUCUCCCAGGGGUACAAGCAUGAGUGACAAAAACCCAGUGCUACCAAACACACUCCCCACCACCCUGCACUCUUCUACCACCCGAACCCAUACAUCCCUACUGGAAGAAGGAAGAUGCUCUGAAAAGGAUGCCCGACUUGGUCUCUGUGCACCUUCCAACGAGGCUGUUCCUGCUGCCCCAGGGGAAGGACUUCAUGUCAGCUAUGUCAUCGGAGGACUUCUCAUUAUUCUGCUGAUUCUGGUGGUGAUAGCCGCUUUGAUGUUAUACAGACAUAAAAAAUCCAAGUUAACUGAUCCUGGAAUGGGGAACCUGACCUACAGCAACCCCUCCUAUCGAACUUCCACCCAGGAAGUAAAAAUUGAAGCAAUUCCAAAACCAGCCAUGUACAAUCAAUUGUGCUAUAAGAAAGAGGGCGGGCCCGACCAUAACUAUACCAAGGAAAAGAUCAAGAUCGUGGAGGGGAUCUGCCUCCUGUCCGGGGAUGAUGCAGAGUGGGAAGACCUCAAGCAGCUGCGCAGUUCACGGGGAGGCCUUCUUCGGGAUCAUGUGUGCAUGAAGACAGACACAGUGUCCAUCCAGGCCAGCUCCGGCUCGCUGGACGACACAGAAACGGAGCAGCUGCUGCGGGAAGAGCAGUCGGAGUGUGGCAGCAUGCACACCGCAGCCACUCCAGAGAGACGCGGCUCUCUGCCCGACACGGGCUGGAAACAUGAACGCAAGCUCUCCUCAGAGAGCCAGGUCUAAAGGCCUGCAGCCCUUUUCCUCCCUGCCUGGUUCUUCUCCUCCGUGGACUUCCAGUCCUUGUGCUCGCUUAGCAGCAGGCCCCCGCCCUCGGUGCCCUACUGUGCCGCUUCCUCCCGACUCCAUAGUGGCUCCCCAGCCCUUCUUGGGAGCCUUUUCCGGCCAAGUCCAUAACUAGCUGUCUGUGCACAAGAAAGGAUGUGGCGCCUCGGAGAAUUUAGAGCUGGCAUUUGACCAUGAACCUCAUCUCUUGCACACAGUCUGAGCAGCCCCCUCCCCACAAAUUAGGCGCAGUAAAUGGCCCUUCCUCAGUGCAGAGGUCUACCCUCCCUCAUGGGACCCUCAGAACAGGAGCCACAGAGCUGAUGAAGCCCAAGUCUGAGCAGUUUCCCCCUCAGAGCUGAUCGUCUAACUGGCUUCUCUGAGAAAACUUGUUCAGCAGGGGCUGGGGUAUGUGGCUAAAGAGCAAAAUGAAGGAUAGAGGCUGGGAGGAGGAAUCAGCCCAGCUGGUAUGGGCCUUUGGGAGCCCUUUAGCCUCAAGUGUUGAUAAUCUGAAUAGGCUUUUAGAGGGAGCAGGGCCCUGGGGUCCUCCUGUCCAUUGCUGGUGAUGGAUUGUCAUUCUCACUCAAAGAAUUACUAUUUUCUCAGAUCUGGGUGGGGCUCAGGCUGCUCUCCCUCCUAUUCCCAUGUCUGUAGCCUUGAUUCACCUUCAGAUGACUGAGACCCCCUAGCACAUGGCUGCUGGCUAAUAGAAUACCUGGAGCUGCCACUGGCCAGUACCUUUUCUUAGUCUUUGACUCAAAGUAACCAGGUUGUAAGCCAGUAGCUUGAAUGAAUGUGGGGCCCCACAGUUUGAGUGAAAUAUCUAAGAAGUGGCCAGACUCAACCCAGCAUCUCCUCUGAAUCCUAAUGUUCUGCCAUUCUUAUCCUCAUUCUCUGGGAUGCUGAGCACAGAGAGCCUACAAAAGCUGUUCAAGAAGGGCCAGGUGUUUUCUUAAAUAAUCAUGACAAGUGGUUUAGACUUGGGGUGCCCAGGGCCUAACAGGGAAUAUCCAAGGGGUUGAAUCUCCUGUGUUCUCUCUCAAGUGCUCAGGGAUCUAAGAGAGUGGACAGAGCCUGUGACAAUGGGGAGGCCAAUUUCCCAGUCUGACUUCCUGGCUAAGUGACCCACUGACUUUCUGCACACAGAUAGCACCACCUGGUUCAUGCUCAUUCACACAGCAGAGCUUGUAUCUCACAUUAGUAUCAGGAGAGUUGGGGAAACCCCCACCCCAACUUCACCCCCGCUCCCACACACAGAGUCUUGGAUCCGUCUAAUUUGCUUUUUCUGUGGUGAGGAAGGCUAUAUGAGAAGCAAAGAGGUGUGCCAAGUAGCAAACAUGGCUGAGGGACACCCUGCCACCCCAGAGCAGGACAUAGAGGAGGGGAGGGCUCCUAGGGGGACUUUCAUCUCCUUUGGUUUGGGUAUUAAGAAAUCAGCUGCCAAAUGUGGUAGUGAAGAGGAAGGGAAAGAGCCCCCCCCCCCUUUUCUGGCCUGAUCCCAGACUGCUAGAUCCUCUGUCAGGCCCUGAGGUCUGCUGCCAGUAGCCAGCCCUAGCCGGGCCUGCACAAGACAAGCAGGCCAGUGAAGGAAAUUUUUUUUCCAGACACAAAAUGAGAAAGGUGGGCUGUCUCUUCUGAGGAGAAAAGGGGCCCAUUUCAGACUUGACUGGAGCCAAUGAGAAAAGGAACACUUUCUCCCCUCCUCUCAGGGUGCUAGUUGGGAAAACAGAGAAAGCGGAAAAGUGGCAUCUGCUCAUUGGGAACAGAGGGGCAGAAAGAAUCUGAUUGCACUUGGGCUGUUGAGAAUGUAGAAAGGACAUAUUUGAAGAAAUAUCUAUUCGAGCACUGAUUUACUAUGUAAAAAAAAAAAAAGCAAAAUCUCUCUGUCCUAAACUAAUGGAAGUGAUUCUCCCCGCGCUCACGUGUAAUGGUUUUAACGUUACUCACUGGAGAGAUUGGACUUUCUGGAGUUAUUUAACCACUAUGUUCAGUAUUUUAGGACUUUAUGAUAAUUUAAUAUAAAUUUAGCUUUUCUUAA